GGCCCGGCGGCGGUUCCGGGUGCGCCGGGGCCGGGGCCGGGGCCGUGCGGCCGGGUGGCGGCGCCAUGGACAUCUCGCGGUUCGCGGCCGCCGACUUCGAGGUGAAGAGCUGGGUGAACGCCGCCUUCCGCGCCGGGCAGCAGGACGGCCCCGCGCAGGCGGACGCGCACGCGGCCACGCUGGUGAUGAAGCUGCAGGUCCUGAUCCAGGAGGUGAACAACGUCCUGCAAGAAACGAGUCACCAGGCCCUCCAGAACAUGCCUCGAGUCCUCCGGGAGCUGGAGGUCCUGAAACAGGAGGCAACCUUCCUGAAGGAGCAAAUGGUCCUCGUUAAAGAAGAUAUCAAGAAAUUCGAAGAAGACACGGCUCAGUCGAUGCAGGUCCUGGUAGAGAUUGACCGAGUGAAAUCUAGAAUGCAAUUGGCUGCCGAGUCACUUCAGGAAGCAGACAAAUGGAGCACGUUAAGUGCAGACAUUGAAGAGACUCUUAAAACACAGGAUGUGUCUGCAAUUUCGGCCAAGCUAACAAGUAUGCAGAGCAGCCUGGCUAUGCUUGUGGAUACACCGGAUUACUCUGAGAAGUGUGUGCAUCUUGAGGCUCUGAAGAACCGACUAGAGGCCAUGGCCAGCCCUCAGAUUGUUGCUGCUUUUAACUCUCAGUCUGUAGAUCAGGCAAAAAUGUUUGUGAAAGUCUUCACUGAAAUUGAUCGGAUGCCUCAGCUUCUUGCUUAUUAUUAUAAGUGUCACAAAGUGCAGCUGGUGGCCGUGUGGCAGGAUCUUUGCCAAAGUGACUUAAGCUUAAAUCGCCAAUUGACUGAAUUGUAUGACACGCUCCUUGGGACCUGGCACUCGCAACUUCAGUGGGCAACACAGGUUUUCAAGAAACCCCAUGAAAUUGUGACUGUGUUGUUGAUUCAGACUCUGGGAGCAUUGGUGCCUUCCAUCCCUGUCUGCCUCGGCACUGCCAUGGAAAGAACAGGCCAAGAAACCAAGCUAAAUAAGCUGCUGGAGCUCUAUGAUGCCACCGUCCACUUUGCAAAAGGGCUGGAAGUAGCCAUGCUGCCCAACCUGAAGGAGCAGAACCUGGUAAAAGUGAUGGAACUAGCAGAAGUGGUGUAUGAUCCGUACAAACCCUAUCAACUCAAGUAUGGAGACCUGGAAGAAGAGAAUCUCCUCAUUCAGAUCAGUGCAGUGCCCUUGGAGCAUUGGGAAGUAAUUGACUGUGUCCAGGAACUGAACCAUUCAGUCAACAAACUCUUCAUUCUGGCUUCUGGAGCCAUCGACAACUGCAUUAAGCUCACCGAUGGACUGGGAGUAUGUGGGCUCCUUAAGGCCCUGAAAGCUCUGUUCACAAAGUAUACUUCUGACUUUACAAAUACGUUGCAGUCUAUACGAAAGAAAUGUAAACUGGAUGAUAUCCCAUCAGAUUCCCUUUUCCAGGAAGACUGGACGGCAUUCCAAAACUCUGUUCGAAUAAUUGCUACUUGUGGUGAGCUCCUUCGUCAGUGUGGAGACUUUGAGCAGCAGCUGGCCAACAGGAUUUUGUCAACUGCUGGGAAGUAUCUCUCGGACUCCUACAGCCCUUGUAGUUUUUCUGGCUUUCAGGAUGCCAGUUCUACAGAAAAGAAGAGCUCUGUAAAGAAUCCGUGGCAGGAGUACAAUUACCUUUUGAAGGAGAAUCCAUCCGAGUAUGCCAGCCUUAUGGAAACACUUUACACCCUAAAGGAAAAAGGUACAAGUAACCACAACCUGUUGUCUUCAUCUCGAUCUGCCCUAAGCCGCCUCAACCAGCUGGCACACCACCUGGCUUUUGAUUCUGUUUUUCUUCGCAUCAAACAACAACUCGUACUUGUUUCAAAGAUGGAGGGUUGGAACUCUGGUGGCAUUGGUGAGACCCUGACAGAGGACUUGCCAAACUUCAGCCUGACUCCUCUGGAAUAUAUCAGCAACAUUGGGCAAUAUAUUAUGUCGCUACCUCUCCACCUUGAACCAUUUGUCACUCAAGAGGAUUCUUCUUUGGAACUGGCGUUGCAUGCUGGAAAACUGCCUUAUCCCCCAGAACAAGGAGAUGAAUUACCUGAGCUGGACAAUAUGGCUGACUACUGGUUGGGCUCCAUCGCCAGAGCUACGAUGCAGACUUACUGUGACGUCAUCCUGCAAAUACCAGAGCUCACAGUACAUUCAACAAAGCAGCUUGCCACAGACAUUGAUUAUCUAAUAAACGUGAUGGAUGCCCUUGGCCUUCAGCCAUCGAGAACACUGCAAAAUAUUGUAACUCUGUUGAAGGCAAAACCAGAGGACUACCGGCAAGCUGCAAAAAGUGUUCCUCGCAGAAUGGCCAGCAGCAUUGCUGCAAUGAGAGGCCUGGAGUGUUAGCUGUAAUGUCUCCUCCACUGCUAAAUUCGAGUCAAGGGCUGCACUGCCUUUUUUUUUUUUUUUUUUUUUUAAUUCUGUACAAACUUUGCAAGGACUGGGAAAACGUUUCUGGAAAUAAGAGGAUUUAUAUCUGAAUAAGUUUUAAUAAUUGCCUUAUUCUAGGAAAAGCUGGUUCCAUUUUCCAUCUUCAGAAAUGUGGAAAGAUGUCCCACAACCAAAUUUACCAAAAACUAUCUGGAUUGUCUUGAAUAGGCUGAGUGGCGCUGACUUCUAAGUAGAAAUGUUCUGCUGUUAGCUGGGAAGUUCAUGCUUCACAUCGGCAAGACGACCGGCUUUUUCAUGAGUUUAAUCAAUUCUGAAUCUAAAAUUAGGGGGUAGGUGCAACAAAGAUCAACUGAUUGGAAGCUCUCUUAUCUGGUGGCAGUGGUCAUUGUUCAAGUUUGUCAUUACUCAAAACCAAGAAGACAGCCUCAUCAAUUAGUAGAAAAGGCAUGAUCAAGCUCAAUUCUGAGAAUAAAACCAGUUUUGUAGAUUGUUUCUUUUGAGGUUAAUAUGUCCUACUGAAAGCUAUGAAGAUCAUAAAUUUAAUGAAAGUUUUGUUUUUUUGUAAAAUUCAUUAAAGCUUGACAUAUGCUUCUUUGUAAAACA